AUAAUUGACGCAUCCGAAGUCGCAGCCCGACCACAAUAUUGUGACACAGACAGACAAGAUCUCACUAUGACGACGCCGAAGGCCAAAAAAGUUGAGAGCCUCUUUACGGCCUCUUCGGCUGAUUUGAGCCCAUGUCCUUUUGAUCGAAGAAAACACGUUGGAUUGUGCGUGAUCUUCUUCCGCGUCCCUAACAUCUGCUCGAUUUGUAUUGAUCUUGGCUCUUCCCUGAUGUUGCAAAAUAUAUAACAGCGCACGCUUUUCGUUAAUGGACCGUCCGUUGGAAUUUCAGCGCCUGUAUAAGCUUUGACCAUACAACACCCCCCCACCCUCAUCCUCCCACUUCAUUCAUCAUGCCUAGUCCUCGUCGCUCAGGAGGAGCUCCUCCCUCUGCCUUCCGCGUUAACUUCGACCCAUACCGAACGGAAAUCCCAGCGCUGAACAACUCAAGCAACGCUACAUCAGAUCCAUUCUCUUCAACGAUACAUACCGGUUCUUACUACAAUCUCACUCUCUGGAACCAGAACAGAGAGGAAGACCAGAGGAGCUUUCUGUUCAUGCAAGAUGAAGGCGGCGUGCCCCCCCCUCGCAUUCGCCGACCAAGGACCCUCGAUCGUUCCACCGGUAGCUACCAGAAGUCCAAGUUAAGCCAAUGUACGAGCAUGGAUGAUACCUCCUCAGAACGAGGGCAUUGUGGGGGUAGCCGAUUCAGCGACUCGAACGAGGCCGAUGAGUCAUUUAUGUCAUUACGAACCAAUCACCAAUUCUUCACGCGCUCACCGUCAAGUUUCUCAUGUCGAAGCCAGAAAUGGGCUCCUCGGUGGCUUCGAAGGGUGUUUUCACGGAAGCGUUCGCCUGCUGUCCAUCAUUAGAUGGAACGGAGCCAUGUUAAGCACCGAUACCCCCCAGAACGCCAAACGCCCUCAAUACCAUUUUCAUCAAGUCUAUACCCUACAACAUGCCCUUUAAACGUUGUCGACGACCCAAU